AUGGAUGUCCGAAGCCUGGAAAACCCUGACUUUUCAGCAUUUCUCGACUCGCAGGGUCCUAGACGCCUUCCGCCCUGCGAUGUGAAGGAGACCAAGUAUACAAUUACUUCUUAUGAUGGGGUCAAUAUUGAUAUUUACCACUUCGUGAGAAACGAUCACGACAAAAGCGAAGAGCCUCAACCUGCAUUGAUUCAUGCACACGGCGGAGGUCUUGUUGCAUGUAGCAUUAGCGACGUUAGCCGUCCAACUCCUGCUCGGAUUGCAGCUGAAUCCGGCGUUCAAUGUUUCUCGGUGGAAUACCGGAUGGCACCAGAGUUCCCCUUUCCGACUCCGCUGGAGGACUGCUAUGCAGCCCUAAAGUGGGUUGUUGAUAAUGCAGACGAACUGAACGUGUCGAAGACACGCAUCGGCCUUAUUGGCGAGAGUGGAGGCGCCUGUCUCGUUGCUGGUCUCUCGCUCCUUGCUCGAGACCGUAAACUUUCGCACCUUCCAAAAAAGCAGAUUCUCAUAUAUCCAAUGCUAGAUAACAGGUCAUCGCAAAAUGCAUUAUCCAGGCCUGACGAUCCGCGUAGCCAAUAUUUUUCGAAUUUCAUACAGAUGAAUGAAAUCUGUUGGAAUGCUUACCUGGGCUAUACUGAAUGGGAGUCACUAAAUCCGGACAUCCGACCUUACGCGUGUCCUGCCAGAACCGGUAAUUUUGCAGGUUUACCAUCUACCUACAUUGACGUUGGCUCGCUGGACCUGUUCCGCGAUGAGUCUGUUGCCUUUGCAGCGGAGCUCACGGCUGCAAACGUGGAUGUUGAGUUUCAUUUAUACGACGGAGUUCCGCAUGUUUUUGAUAUCAUCGCCCCUAAUAUUCCAAUCACGAAAAACGCAAAAGACAAUCGGUUGAGAGCCAUACGUUCUAUUUAGGCUUCCUUAAUAAGGAGCUCUGUUAUCACAUACACAUAUACUAGUGGACGCGACAGGAUUUGGAAGUUUUAUCAAAAGCAUGUACGUACCAUGAGCGG